CCGUGCAGCGUUCGAUUCCCCCCCCCCCGCGCACCUCCCCCGCUUUUUAAAGAGAAAUCGGGGUGCACGCUCUAAUCUCAUUAAUUUAUUUAUAUUCUUCGGAGUAUUAAUUAUCAGUCCAAGGCCGAUUUCAAAUUAUUUGCAAUCGCAGCUCCAUUGUUCGCUCCAAUUGGAGGCCCCGCCCCCUCUUUUGUCUGGCGGCGCCGUGAUUGGUCGGCGGCGGGCGGGGGCUGCCGUCAGCGCUCGGGAAGCCCAUUCAUCUGUGCACUUGGGCGUUGGACUCCGCAUCUUAUUAGCGACCAGGGAGAUUUCUCCAUUUUCCCCUUGUCUACAGCUGCUGGUCUCCCAGCAUUUAUACGAACCCACCGCUCUUUGUUUCCCCCCUUCUUUUGGAUCUGUUGAGUUUCUUUGUUGAAUAAAACCAGCAUGGGUGCUCAGUUCUCCAAGAACGCUGCAAAAGGCGAAGCCGCCGCCGAGAAGCCCGGGGAAGCGGUGCCUGCGUCGCCUUCGAAGGCGAAUGGACAGGAGAACGGCCACGUGAAGGUGAAUGGCGAUGCUUCGCCAGCAGCCGCCGAGGCGGGGAAGGAAGAGGUCCAGGCGAACGGCAGCGCCCCGGCCGAGGACUCUGUGAAGGAGGAGCAGAGCCCUUCGGAGGCUGCCUCGGAGAAGGAGGCGGCCGAGGCCGAGAGCACGGAGCCGGCCUCUCCCGUCGAAGGGGAGUCCUCCUCCAAGGCCGAGGAGGCAGCCACCCCUUCGUCCAGCAACGAGACCCCUAAAAAAAAAAAGAAGCGCUUUUCCUUCAAAAAGUCCUUUAAGCUAAGCGGCUUCUCCUUUAAAAAGAACAAAAAGGAGUCUGGGGAAGGAGCCGAGAACGAAGGGGCAGGCGCUGCGGGAGAAGGGGGCAAAGAGGAAGGGGCGGCCGCCACCCCGGAGCCCACCAGCAACGAGGAGGAGAGCAAAGCGGCCGCCCAGGAGGCGUCUCCUUCCACUGCUGCCGCCGCCGCCACCGGCAGCACAGAGGAGGCCAAAGAGGAGGCCGGGGGCUCUCAGGAGGCCAAAUCGGAAGAGACUGCGCCCGAGAAGCCUGCUGGGGAGGAGGCCAAGCCUGCCGAAGAGCAGAAGCCCGAGGAGAAGCAGGAAGAGGCGCCAGCUGCCCCCAGCGCUGCCCCCGAAGCCAGCUCAACUGAGCAAGAGGCGCCCAAAGCAGAGGAGCCGGCGGCAGUGGCAGCUCCUACACAGGAAGCCCCGUCCGAGUCUAGUCCAGAAGCUCCACCAGCUGAGUCGGCAGAGUAAAAAAAGAGAGAGAGAGAGGAAAAUUUGGCAAUUUUGAGAUGAUCGAACUUUUCUUCCCCCCCGUUUGUUUGUUUGGAGUGGUGCCAGGUACUGGUUCUGGAGAACUUGUCUACAACCAGGGAUUGAUUUAAAAGAUGUCUUUCUCUUUUUUGUCUCUACCCACAGAUCCCAUCUCAGAUCAUUCUGUUACCACCAUUCCAACCGGCAGAGGAGAGACUAAACGCCUCCCUCUGCCUCCUUCCUCCUCCUCCUCCUCCUCUUUUUUUUUUUUGCAUCAGUAUUAAUGUUUUUUGCAUACUUUGCAUCUUUUACUCAAAAUGUAAACUUUUUUUUUCUCUGUCAAUCUAUGGACAUGCCCAUAUAUGAAGGAAAUGGAUGGGUCAAUAAAGGGAUAGCAAAUGAAGUGAUAAGGGGUCACAGUGGGGAAUUAGUGGUGCAGAUAAUUUGCCAAGAAAAUGUGCCACAAGAAAUAAGGGGUUAGUCUUUUUUAAAAAAGAAAGUUAUUACAAUGUAUUUUGUGAGGCAGAUGUUCUAUAAGGUUUACAACACUACAAGUCUUGACUAAGAAGGAAGAAGAAAAAUUCCAAUACUCAGAUUUUAAAAAAAAGAUCAUAGUCUUAGGAAAUUCAUUUAAACCAUAGGAACUUUCACUUAUCUCAUGUUAGCUGUACCAGUCAGUGAUUAAGUAGAAAUACAAGUUGUAUAGGCUUUAUUGUUUAUUGCUGGUUUAUGACCUUAAUAAAGUGUAAUUAUGUAUUACCAGCAGGGUGUUUUUAACUGUGACUAUUGUAUAAAAACAAAUCUUGAUAUCCAGAAGCACAUUAAGUUUGCAACUUUUUCCACCCUGCCCAUUUUAUUUUUAUUUUUUUGUAAAAUUGCAGUAAUCUUGGACCUUAAAAGAAAAAAAGAAAAAACCACACACAAUUUUAAACUCAACCAAGCUGUGAUAAGUGGAAUGGUUACUGUUUAUACUGUGGUAUGUUUUUGAUGACAGCAGACGAUGCUUUCUUUUUCCAGUUGUCUUUCAGAAUAAAGAAUAAAAACCAGUUUCAGAUGCAAUGGUUUUUGUGUAGCAUCUUGUCUAUCAUGUUUUUGUAAAUACUGGAGAAGCUUUGACCAAUUUGACUUAGAGAUGGAAUGUAACUUUGCUUACAAAAUUGCUAUUAAAUUCCUGCUUAAGGUGUUCUAAUUUUCUGUGAGCACACUAAAAGCGAAAAAUAAAUGUGAAUAAAAUGUAGAAUUGGCUGUGUUUCUUUUUCUGGAUACUCUUGAUAGCUUAGUAGAUAGCCUGUAUUGUCUAAAUCUGUAUAAAAGAAGGCACUUGUUUGCCACUUAACAUUAUUCUUUAUUUCUAAAUUACGGAUUGUGUGGUCUUCUGGCCCUACUUAAAAGCUGUAUCUGUAGAGGGAAGAGCAUUCAGGCCUUCUAAAUAGAGAUGUGCAUUGGCUUUUGAAUGAAUAACCUGUGCUACUUUGGACAUAUUGAUUGGCUAAUAUGUCAGAUCUGGGGGGAGGGGGGGACAAGAUAAAUGUGUUCACAACAAGCUUGCACAAGUUGACUUUAGCUAGAAUGGAUAUGUGUGUAGUCAGAGCCUUGAGGACCACUUUAUGGUACAUUAGAUUAUUAUCUCUUAGCUUGAGUUGACUUGACACUUUGGCUGUGGUUGUUUGGGAUAUCUUGGGCUUAGCCUGAGUUUUCAAACAGGGAUGCCUGAAUUCAGGUGUAAGACAGCAAAGGUCCAAUCUUACAUGCGACUUCUUAACCAUUUCAGCAUCUACUUCAGUGCCUAACUUUAAGCUUGUCAGCCUUGGAAGUUUGGCCUAAAGUAAAAAAGAAAAGAAAAAAAGUUUUUGUUCUACCAAAUUGUUGAGCAAUACUUUUUGUAUGUUACUCCCAGCUUAAUAGGUGAGCUAACAAACAAACAAACAAAAAAGAUUGCUAUAUUUGUCUACAAAAGGGUCACUUGGUGCUUGCCUUUUAACUGUUUAGACUUUUGGGCUAAUUUCCACCAAAAUUGCUCAGGGCAAAAUAUGCCUUAAUAAAACAGUAGGCUUUUGUAAAAAACAAAAAAAAAACCCACAAAAAAACAAAUACAGAGUAGUAAUGGUGUUGGAGGGUGGAAAUUGAUUCAAGGAAGUGUUGCUCCUAGGUUUAUAGGUGAAAUUUAGUGUUACACUUAACUUGCUUCCAUCUAUGUUUUCAGCAGUAACUUGCUUUGGAAGCAAUUACACUCACUUUAUAUGAGAGUGGCACAUUAGCACCUUGUUCCCUAAAGAACAAAGCCUGAGCUGAAUGAAGUUCAAUGGAUUCCAUACUGAAUACAUACUCUUAUUCAGCUGUCCACAUCUUUUUUAUUUUUUAUUUUUGGCUUGUAUAUAUACUCUGGUCACCCUGGUAUUAUUUCUCUGUAGUGUUAGAAAUGUAUUGACUAUUAUGCUUUAAAUGGCCAUGGGAUGAAAUAAAUGGAUGUAAAAUGA